AUGGCGGAGAAUAAAUCCAACGACGAGAGCGCUCUAAUCAAGGAAACCGGUGACGAAAACGUGAAGAACGACCUCCACGACAACCUCGCCAAACGCGGUCUUUUCGGGUUCAACGGGCCAGAUGAACACCAGAAAGAGCUGAUCCAGCACAACAUGGACACUCUUGCCGCUACAGUAGACGACCACUUCGGUAUCGUCUGCGAUAUCAAUGCCAUCACCCAGCCAGCGGGAACUGCGGGAGCAAACAUCACCUUUAGCAAAUAUCUCGCCACAAGCUACAAAGUUGGCUAUGAUGCCGGUAUGGAUGCGGACGAGCUCCGCUUCAGUCUCGAGCAGCUAGUCCUGGAACCGCUGGUAACUAAGGCCGCGCGCAUCAAGGGUCAUUUGGACAAGCUAGACUUCCGCACCGAUGGUCUGAUAUUCUACAACCAGCACAAGCUCCCCGCGCUGGCCGAGAUCGAUUGGAACAUCAAGAACCUCGACCGGUUCGUCACUUGGUCGAAGUCCGCCACGGGACCUAGAACGGACAAGGAGAUAUCGGCUCACCUGGGCAUCCUCAAGUAUAACCUCGAAGCUUCCAACAAGCUCGGUCUCCACUACCGCAUGGUGGGACGGUACAUCAUAGUUGGCCCGGAGACGAUUGCCGCAGAGAGGGAGCGCCUGCAGACGCUCACGGGAAUAUUCAACCGCGGCGGGAUGGGGAUGGAUGAGGCCAUGUUUACGAAUCGCAAGUUCCAGGAGUGGCAUAGCGACAACACGCGCAACAGCUUCAGCAACAUCCUUUCUAUUUUCGGAGGCCUGGCUGAUCAGUUGGUUGCGGAGAGGUCUGAUCGCGCGCGAGCCUUCGAACUCCCGAGAGGCGAUGAGAAAUGGGAUGUCAACUUUGGAAAACCGGCGACCUCCAAAUCCGACACGUCGAGUGAUUGUGGCAGCAGUGGCGACGAUGGCACUGUAACUCAAGACGACAAGCCAGUGGUAUUCAGCGCGAAUAAAGGAGAUGACUCACCUACAGCCUCCGAAGAUGGCUACCGAUCCCCACACAGUUCCGGUUCUUCGUCACCGAACGGCUCGAAGCGUCGUUAUCUUGCCUCGAAGGGUAAGAAGUCGAAGCCGAAGAGUCUCCGCGCCCUGAAUGAGGAGAUGAAGAAGCAUCGGGAUAAACCGGAACAUGAUUCGGUAUUUCCGCCAGAGCCCAAGAAGAAGCAUCAAAAGACACAGCAUGCCACGGAUGCCACCAGUCUGGGAAGCAGCGGAGCAAACGGAACUUCAAUUGGAUUCGCAGAGGGCAUGACCCUUCAGGUCACCGAAUGUGAGGGAGACCUGUUCAGGCUCAAGCUGGUGGAUAGCGACUCCGAUUCCGGCAGUGACGAAUCCUUCGUAUCGGCGGCUGAGGUUGCGGAGGAUACGGACGAAGAGGGCCCGGCAGAACCAGACGCGGCUUCCGACACGACUGUUAAACUAAAGAAGGAGGCCACCGCGUUAUCUGCAAAGGUCGAAGAGGAGAGUUCGAACAAAGAGAUCCACAAGUCCGCUACCGACCAUGUCGAUGACCGUACGUCCGAAUCUCACGGAGCCAUCAAGGACAGCACCGGCGGCGCGGACGCUUCGGGCUCGUCCAAGCCAGUGAAGAGGAUCGACAAGCCGCGUAUGCAAUCAAUGCUUGCGGCGUUGCUCGAUUCUACGAUCGAGGUGUUGACCGGCGAUCGUUCCGUCAAGAAGGAGGCCAAUAGCGCUUCUCAGUCCGACGAGAUGGGAUCUGGCAAAGAAUCGGCUUCGGACGACAUCGCGGGGCGGAAAGGUAAGCAACUCGUCGAUAGAAUCUCCAGCAAGGUCACGGCCAAGUUCGAUGGAACCGAGGCCAUCGAUGCAGCUUCGGUCGGAACUCAGCACCCGAAGGAUAUCCCGGAGCCACCCCCGAGCCAGUCUGUUUCCCCGGAUGCCCUUACGCCCAAGUCCGACGUCGGAGAUGGCCCCGCGGAAGAUCCUAUCGAGGCGUAUGCGGACGAAUACCUGGCAUCCUCAGCGACCGGUACCUCGACCCCGCUAUACGGAGACUCCCCCGACUAUUCGGAUGCAGCCGAGAAGAACAAGAAAAAGAAGAAGAAGAAGAAGAACCGCGCUCGCCGAGGGAGCAAGACGAAGCAUCAGCCUUCCGAGCCCACUAGUCCGGCUAGGUCUGAUGGGUACGGAAAGGAUCUUGCUUAA